AUGAAGCUUGUUUUCAUCAUCACGAUGCUGGGCAGAUCUGCCUUUGCUACUACCCUCUUGAAUCACACGCAACACUCUCCCACAAACGUCACUUCCUACCCGACUAGUGUUGGCCAUGCGGUUUCAGACCUUAGCAGGACACUGAAAUUCUAUCAUGACCUCCUCGGGCUUGAAAUCCUGUCUCAAGAUUCGACGCCUAAAGUCGACCAUGCCUAUGGGCAGCUCACAGCCUCGAACGCCGUAGCAUACAAGACGGGCAUUCUCGCAAUCCCGAACCAGUCAUGGACGCUAAAAUUGACCCAGUACAUAGGGGACAAUAUUACACAAGUGGUCAAGCAGCGUGAGCAGGACCCAGGAGCUCCUGGCCUCACGUUGAGUGUGAAAAAUGCCACCCAAGUGAACAAUGCCCUGAGGGGUGCCAAUGCCACAACUCUUAACGGGCAACCCGUGCCCGAAGGCACCGGAGAGGGAACCACCUCAACGGUCUGGGUCUAUGAUCCUGACGGGUACAUGGUUGAGCUUGUGCAGCGCAGUGGCCCUUCGGAUUAUUUCACAGUCUCCGCGCCAAAUAUCACAAAUGGCCCUGGCAUGAAGUACGUUAUCCGAGGACAACUUGAUCUGACAAUGGCAAAUGUCAGUCAAGCCUUGUCAUUUUACAGGGAUAUUCUGGGCCAGAAUCUCUCAGCCGGAUAUGAGCCCCUCGUUGGCCCUAAUGAGCAUGCAGAGGUGGGAGGUAUCGGGUCUGUCUUUAACAUCAGCUCCAAUGUACUUUGGGCGGCCGUGACGGGAAACUGCGAUCUGGAUACUCGCUGCGAGUAUUUUGAAUAUGACGAUCCAACUCGGAGGACAAUCGCUUAUCCUGCUCAAGUUCCUGGCAUUGGCAUGACUACCUAUUCCGUGCGGAAUCUUAACAAGCUUCUACGGCAGGUUCGAUCUGCAAACCUCACCGUUGUCACCAAAGGAGGAUCCCCUGUCCAUAUAGACGGGGGGAGCAGUAUUUUGAUUCGCGAUCCAACUGGCUAUCUCGUCCGGCUUGACGAAAAGUGUUGA